GGGACAAGAGAGACAGAUCAGUCGUGGUGCCGCCGCCGUCCGUCCCUCCUUCCCUCCCUCCAGUCCCUCCCUAGCCAUGGAUAGUCUCCUCCGCCUCCGCUGGCCCCCGGUGAGUCCACGGAAUGCCCCGCGGGCAGCCUCCAUCCCAGCAAGUGCUUGUGCUCCUGGGUCGCCGGUCUUCCCCUCCAUCUCCACCUUCACGGAUGCUGCCUGGGUCCUCCCAUGCAAUCCCUGCUCUCUGGCUCUGUAGAAGGUGGGGUGGUGCCUGAUGCCUGUCAUCCCCAUCCCGCGGCGGGUUCGCUCUUUCCAUGGCCCCCACACAACAUGCCUGCACUCUGCCUGUGGGCCGGUCAGGACCACCCACUUGGUGCGCACCAAGUACAACAACUUUGACAUCUACCUGAAGUCCCGGUGGAUGUACGGCUUCAUCCGUUUCUUGCUGUACUUCAGCUGCAGCCUGUUUACCUCCAUCCUGUGGGUGGUGCUGUCUGUCUUGUUUUGCCUCCAGUACCUCAGCAUCCGGGUCUUUCUCCGUUUCCAGUACAAACUCUCCAUCAUCCUGCUGUUGCUGGGAAGGAGGCGUGUGGACUUUAGCCUCUUCAACGAACUGCUCAUCUAUGGCAUCCAUGUCACCAUGCUGCUGGUGGGGGGGCUGGGCUGGUGCUUCAUGGUCUUUGUGGAUAUGUGAAUAAAUAAAAACCAGUGCAUGUCGGUCAAGGAGGCAUGUUGGACUCUAACUUGGGUUAGGUCUUGUAUGUGUGAAUGCGUCCUCUUCUCCCUCACUUAGUCCUGCUGCUGAGGUUUAUAAAUUAAUGGGUACUCCCUUAGAAGUAAGGAUUGGAAGUUGACUUGGAAAUUCAUUUCUAAUUCUUCAUUGCCUUUGGUUGGUAAUAUGUGGAAAACAAAUCCAUUUUUAUCUGCUUCAUUUUUUAACAUAAGCACCUGCCAUAUGUGGCCAAUGGCCCAUCUAGUCCAGCGUCCUGUCCUCACAGUGGCCAGCCAGAUGCCUCAUUGGGAAGCCCACAAGCAGGAUUCAAGCACAAGAGCCCUCUCCCCUCCUGUGGUUUCCAGAAAACGGUAUUUGGAAGUGUUGCUGCCCCCAACUGUGGAGGCAGAGUAUAGCCAUCAUGGCUAGUAGCAUUCUGCUUAAUGAAUUUGUCUAAUCUCUUUUAGAGCCAUCCAAAAGCCAUCUCUUUUGGAAUCUAAUGGUAUACAAGUGGCCCUGCAACAAAUUGUUGCAAUCCAUUCCAGCCUCUUAACAGGGACCAGCCAAGAUAACCUCCAGGGUACUCCGUUCCAUCCUCCCCUUGUUUUCUUUUCCAACUAGCACUCAAAAUUAGGUGGCCACUAAGUAUGCUGAAUCCUCAUUCUUUCUUUAAAAGUAUUUGAUGUACUUCUGCAAACUUUUGGGGGCUCUUUCUUCCUGUUGCUCAGUGGCUGUUCUUUCUCCAGUCUUUCCUGAGUUUGCUCUUGGAGGGAGGGAUGUGUUGUGUGCUUGCUGCCCCCAGUGCCAUUCUUGGGGCGGCCCCCUCAACGGCCUGUUGCCAUUCCACUGCAGAGUUGUGGGCUGUUCUUUUGCUCAGACUAUUGAAAAAACAUAACCUGUACACAGACAGUUGUGUACUCCCAUCCCUGUAUCUUGGCUGAGGGAUGCAAAAUACAGAACUCUGAGGAAAUGUUUGUUUCAGCACUAUCAUUUAUCUAUUUUAUUUCAGAAUUUAUAAUCACUGGUGUACAAAAUUAGAAAAUGAAACAUAAUACAAAUCUCAAAACAAUGAAAACUGUGAAGCCAACAAGAAUUAAAAGGCACAAAAAUAUAAGUGACCAAUUUGGGAAAGCUUGGUGGGAAAAAUAUUUUUGACAAACAUUGGAAACUGAAUGGUGUUGGGUCCUGCUUCCCUUCCAGAGGAAGAGAAUUCCACAAAGCUAAGAGCAUGUGGAUUGAUGCAUUCUUGCCCCUCAUUCUGAGAUUUCCUCUCACAUUAGCCACCCCCAGUUCCUUUCAGUGUUACAAUGAUUUCCAGAUUAAAGCUGGAGAUGGACAGGGCUAGUGUAGCCAAGGUAGCUGAACGGUGGAGAUGCCAACAAGGGUCUCCCAGGUUCAGCUCUUGUCUCUGCCAUGGGUUGCCAAGCAGCCUUAGGCUAGCCUCGGCCCCUCUACAACACGGGUGUAGUACUUAGCUACCUCACAGGGUUCUUGGUAUAAAGUAUGGGAAGCACUCUAAAGUGUGUGUGUGUGCCAGUGUUGGGCUGUGUGUGCCUCAAUUCUGCAGCAGGAACUAGUUUUGCAUUUGCAGAGUGAUCCACUGACUCAGAGUCCUGGAAAAGACCAGAAGAAACUUCUGCAGCUCUGGAGAGGGAGAAGGAGAAGGAGAAGGAAGAGAGAUUUUGCUUGGUAUUCCAUUUAAGCAGCAAAAAGGGGGAAGAGCCUCUGGGAACAUGGGCUUCUCUUGGAGGAGAGAGUUGUGGAAGGAAUCUCUGCCUUGUGAGUUGUUGUUUUUUUUGGGGUGGUGGUGAGGAGUUUCAUUUCCAGCUCAACUUCCUGCUGCCCAUGCAUUGGACUUUGGUCAUACUUUGGGCUAGUCUUUGCUUCCAGUCAUAGUUUCAAAUGGGCAGGCUUUUCCUAGUGGUGGGUCUGCCAGUGUUGCUGACUGAAAGUCAUUUAUGUGCAGCAGGAUGCCAGGCAGGGAUGGCAGAUUCCAAAUACUGGUUUGCCAGCUCCCUGGGGCAUCUGGGUGGGCCAAGAACAUGGAGCCCAUUUUAUUUUGGAAAGGGAAAGUGAGAGAGAGAUGUUCCACCUCCUGGGAUGUGAUUUGUCACUGGGUUUCAGUUCCCGGAAUCCUGGGCCUUUUCCAUCUCUUUCAGCACCUGCGCUUGGUGGCUGUCACUGCCUACUGUGGGAGCGAGUUCCAGAGUUUAACUGUGUGUCAUGUGAAGAAGUCCUUCCUUUUGUCUGUUCUGAAGUGUUUUGCUUCUGUCUUUUGCUUGGUCAAAGAGUUUCUGUAGUUCUUGGACAGGGUGUGAGUGGGAAGGAGAAUAAAGAUCUCCUUUCAUUUCUUCGUGUGCUAACCCUGUGACUUUGCUUUCUCUCUCUCUCUCUCUCUCUCUCUCUCUCUCUCUCUCUUUUCUUUCGCACCAGAGCAAAAGAUUCUGCACAGAAAACAACCUAUGGCAAAAUUAUUGUUCAAUAAUAGCCACAAAUCAUAUUGCUUUGAAUUAAUUUCUCUUUGUUUUCUUCCGUGUCUGGGGUCUACUUUGAUAUAUAGUUACGUGGCAGUUUUAAUCCAGGCUACAAAUAAGGAUUUUUAUUUUUUUUUAGGAGGAGGGGGAUGUUGUUUGUAUCGGUAGAUCUUGCAGGCCCAGGACCAUUGUAACACCACUUUUCUGUGGUGUGGGAUGCCUGUUAUAGGGAAUAUAGCUGCUGGGGGUCUUGAGGUCAUGGCUGAGGGAGGAGAGUAAACUUUUGCACUUUGGAUGCUGGUUUCCCUCCAGCACAGUUUUCUGGAAUCCCUUUUAUUAAGAGGUUAUUUCUGUUGUUGUGAAUCAGAACACUUUGUAAUAAGGAGCGGCUCAUUAAAGUGUCUAACACAGAGACUGGACUCCAGCCAUCUCCUGAGGCCUUUCCUUGGCCCCAGUCCCCGUCCUGUGACACAUCCAUGCCCUUCACCCCCACCCUGCUGCUUUGCCCUUUCUAUGCUGUAGCUGCAGCACCAUAAUUCAAGUUAUGCAAAUGCCAUACUAUGCUGUGAUGUCCAAGAAGAAACAAAUUAAGGCCAGGUGGGGUCAGAAAGAAACUGAGCACUGAUUUUCUUUUCCUAGAAAUGUGUUCCCUGAAAUCUUGAGAGAGGCCAGAUAAAAGGGGCCACAUGGAUGAGUGUUUGGUUUUGGGUUUUUGUGUGUCUGCACAAAUUCCUAACCAAUUGGUUUACUUUAAACAAGUAAGGCCCUGUUAAUAGCUAGGAGGGCAAUCUGGAUUAUGCUCUAGGAGACAUUAUCCUACCCUCCUCCCUGCCUGUUUCCUUUUGAGCUGGAGAAGGGGCAGGACUCUCAAAGCCAUUGGAUUCCAACUCCUAUCCUCAUCAUCUCUGACCAUUGGCAGCCCAGCAGACUCCUGGGAGUUGGAGUCCAGUAACACCUGCAGGGCUACAGAUGUUCCUCAUCUCUCCUGUACCCCCACUUUCUCUCCCUUGUUCAAUUUAGGCCUCCUCCUUCGGAAUUUGCCUUUUUAAUGGCUUAGCCUUAUUCUUUCCAACCUGUGACUAGUUCUCCCUCAAUUUCUGCAGUAGCCAGAUUAGCUACACAGAUGCAACAGCUGAAAUACAUAUAUAUAUAUUUAGAGUAUAUUUUUAGGCUACCCAACCCCCAAACAUUCUCUGGGCAGCUGGCAGUAAACAUUAAACACAUCAAAUAUACAAAAUGAGUCUUGAAGCGUUAAGGAUAAACUCAGCACUGGAGAGCAAAACCUGUGCUAUAAACUCAUCCUGCUUAGAAGGGUGUGGCCACAGGAUCCCCACAUUGUUAUAGGCUAAGGAAAAUUCCCUUUGGGGUCAGUUCCUCUCACAGCAUUGGUUGGCUGCUGAACUUGGAUCUGGGAAGGAGGUAUUCUCCCUCCUCCUCCCAUGCCAAGCAGGAGUUGCCUAAAGGAGGCAUACAAGGCACCAUCUGGCCACCUUAGGGACUCCACUUCAGAUUUGUGAAGGGUUUACUCCAUCCUGGCUAAUAAAAGCAAGACGGGAAGGGCUGGGCAAUGGGCUCUGUGGGGUGGUGAAUGCUUCCGUCUGUGAGGGAGCCUUUGCAGACCCACUGAAAGAGGCGGUCAUUAAACCGCUUCUUAAAAAAACAUAUUUAGACUCGGCCAAUAUGGCCAACUAUUGCCCAGUCUCAAAUCUUCCAUUCUUGGGCAAGGUGAUUGAGUGGGUGGUUGCUGAACAACUUCAAGCAUGCCUGGAGGAUGCAGACCAUUUGGAUCCUAUCUAGUCGGGAUUCAGGCCUCAUCAUGGGACUGAAACUGCCUUGGUCGCACUGGUUGAUGAUCUCCGGCGGGCUAGGGACAAAGGUGAAAGCUAUUUCCUAGUUCUGCUGGAUGUCUCAGCGGCCUUUGAUACCAUCAACCAUAACAUCCUUCUGGACCGUCUAGCAGAGCUGGGGGCACUGUUACACAGUGGUUCCGCUCCUUCCUCCUGGGCCAUGUCCAGAAAGUGGUGGUGGGGGAUGAGUGUUCAGACCCCUGGAGUCUCACUUGUGGGGUGCCUCAGGGUUCUGUCCUCUCCCCCAUGCUUUUUAACAUGUACAUGAAGCCGCUGGGAGAGAUCAUCGGGGUUUGGACUGGGUGUUCAUCAGUAUGCGGAUGAUACCCAGCUCUACCUCUCUUUCAAAUUGGAAUCAGUGGAGGCAGUGAAGGUCCUCUGUGAGUGUCUGGAGGCGGCUGGAGAAUGGAUGGCGGCUAACGGGUUGAGGUUGAAUUCUGACAAGACAGAAGUACUGUUUUGGGGGACAGGGUGUGGGUGGGUGUGGGGGACUCCCUGGUCCUGAAGGAGCAGAUGUGCAGUCUGGGAGUAAUUUUGGACUCACAGCUGUCCAUGGAGGCACAGGUCAAUUCUGUGUCCAGGGCAGCGGUCUACCAGCUCCAUCUGGUACGCAGGGUGACACUCUACCUGCUCACAGACUGCCUCACCAGUGCAUGGUCUAGUUAUCUCCCGCUUGGACUACUGCUCUAUGUGGGGCUACCCUUGAAGGUGACUCGGAAACUGCAAUUAAUCCAUAAUGCAGCAGCUAGACUGGUGACUGGGAGUGGCCACCAAGACCAUAUAAUGCCGGUCUGAGAGAUCUGCAUUGGCUCCCAGUUCCUUUCCGAGCACAAUUCAAAGUGUUGGUGCUGAUCUUUAAAGCCCUAAACAGCCUCGGUCCAGUAUACCUGAAGGAGCGUCUCCACACCCAUCGUCCAACCUGGACACUGAGGUCCAGCACUGAGGGCCUUCUGGUGGUUCCUUCACUGCAAGAAGCGAAGUUAUAGGGAACCAGGCAGAGGGGCUUCUCGGUAGUGGUGCCCGCCCUGUGGAAUGCCCUCCCAUCAGAUGUCAAAGAAAUAAACAACUAUAUGACAUUUAGAAGACAUCUGAAGGCAGCCCUGUUUAGGGAAGUUUUUAACGACUGAUGUUUUAAUGUAUUUUUAACCUUCUGUUGGAAGCUGCCCAGAGUGGCUGGGGAAACCCAGCCAGAUAGGCGGGGAAGAAAUAAAUUAUUAUUAUUAUUAUUAUUAUUAUUAUUAUUAUUAUUAACCUUUUACUAAAGAUGUUCCACAAUGCAGCGCGUAAGAGGUGGCAUAUAAAUAAUAAAUUAUGAUAAUUUUUCAUUGCACAGAGUUGAUAGGUCUGUGCGAGGUGACUCUUCUGGGCUUUAUUCCAGAGGCCAGCAGGCAAAAAGAUGAUUUGCUUUAUUCAUUGCAUCUAUUUAUAUCCCGCCUUCCAAGGCGGCUUCUAAGUUUUCUGGUGCUGCACUCUGGGCCCUUUUCCAGUUUGGUGUUGAUGUUUUGAUGACCUUGAGGCUCUCCUGUUCUGCUGGCAGCACAUGAUCUGUGGGGGCAAGGAGGGGGCUGGCACCAGCUCAGAAUGUUUGUACAGCGUUUGCUGCAGUGAGGCUGGAGAUGCAGCAGUAGCAGCAGUAGGAGCAGACUCUGUUGGCGGUGGAGGCGGCCGUUGUUCAGCUCUCCUGGAGCAGUGCCAGGCUCUGUGCUGGGUGGCUGGGGCUGCUCUUUGCCCAGUUUAGAGUGCCUCUUCGUUCCUGGCUCCCUUAUUGCUGUUGUUUGGCCUCAGGACCUGUGGAUUAUGCCCAGCCAAACAUUUUGCCUGCCCUCUCCUGGGCAGUGGGGGUGAUUUAGCAUAAGCCAGGAUGCCCCCAGGCCCUCCCUCUCCCUCUAGCCAGGGAGAUAUGGCUUUAAACAGCUAGGUGGGGUUAGGUGGUAUGCUUACUAGGGAAGACUGACAUGCCCUGACAGUAAAAGCCUAGGCUGAGAGACUGUGCUCCCUUCACUUUGACUGUAUUGGGUUAAUCUACAACCCAGUGCCCUCUGAUAAUUUUAGACUACAACUCCCAUCAGCCCUAACCCACCUCGAAGUAGACCUAUCCUACAUGGAUUUUUGCCAUUAGUUGUAGUUUUGGGUUUGGGGUGGGGAACCUCCAUGUUGUGGCAUAGUCUACCUUUGAGUACCAGACCUCGGGUGAAGGCUACACUGGAAGGGCCACUGCUGCUUUUGCCCCAAGGCCAGAUAAUAGACAGACAGCAUCAAUUAUUUGAAGGAUUUUGAGAUGUUCUUUCUAAUGACAGGAGCUGUUUGAUAGUGAAAAAAGUGAAAGUGGAAGGUGGUGGACUGUUUUUUGUUGAAAAUUUCUUUAGCAGAGGUUACAUGGCCAUUCAUCAGGGAUGCCAAGGGGGGGUGGACUAGAUUUGCUUGGGGGGCAUUCUAACACCAUUCUUGGAAGCACACUUCUUUCAGCAGGAUGAAAGACCAUUAUCAAACUUUGGGGCAAGAGCUGGAAAACCCAGAUACCUAAAGUAGCUUGUUGAAGUUGGGCAUCAUACUUUGGGUGCAAGUUAAUGAGGUGGGGGGAGGGGAAGGAUUUGCUCUUUCAGUAUUAGUACCAAUAUCUAUACCUGAGCCAAUAAGGAAUGCAAAAGCUUUGGCUCCCUCCCUCAAUUAGAUUUCCGCCUUUUCCUUUUCUUCCUUCCUUAAUUUUGUUUGUUCUUUUUGUGACAUAGACUACCUGCCUACCUCUGCUUCCCCCCUUUUGUUUGUAAUAAUAGCAUCAGACUUGAAAUAUGGAUGCAUUCUGAAAUAUUUCCUGUCAUGCCAUCAAUCAGAUAUAUAUUUACAGUCAUUCAUUAAACUAGAGUGUACAUUUCAUCCCUUCCUCCUUGGAAUAUUAAUGCUGCUUCUGGCUGAAAUGGUGUGUGAAUAUUCAGGUGGGGGCGAGGAAUCAAUCCCUGCACCAGCAAUGAUGUCACUCUGAGAUACAAUCAAACAUUCUGUUAAAAAGAACAAACCCAAUUGGCAUUGCAAAGUCCAAUGUAUAUUGAUUGCUAUAGGGGAAAUCUACAAGGAGGAGGAGAGAGAGAGUUUUUGGCUUCGCUUUUUGUAGUUGAGGGCUGAUGCUCUGGUUAACAUUCUGGUGUUUUAAAGUAAUAUGAUAACCUUGUAAUAAGGCCAUAUGCUGUGUGUGUGUAGAUGGUCUGUGACUCUAUCUUCCUGUGACCAUGCAGAGCUGAGAGCUGUCCUCAGAGGACUGUCUUUCUACUGAGAAGAGAGCAUAGCACAGCAGUCUUUGGCUCCAGUUGGCUUCAAUGGCCGAGGCCUACUUCUUAAUUGUCUACUUUGCCCCUCCCCACCCAGUAAUGGCGCCUUUUCUCCUUCCCCAUUUUUUGAAUGCUAUAUUUGCACUCCAUGUAUGACUCCUGCUGUUGACUGGGAGUCCACCUCAAGUGUUGUUUUCUUCAUUUUUUGGCACCCAUUGCAUCAAAUGUUUUGGGAUGUGUCAGGGUGCUUGAUUACAGAUUGGAGGCCAGGUGGCGCUGUGGGUUAAACCACUGAGCCUAGGGCUUGCUGAUCAGAAGGUCUGCGGUUCGUAUCCCUGUGACGGGGUGAGCUCCCGUUGCUUGGUCCCAGCUCCUGCCAACCUAGCAGUUCGAAAGCACGUAAAAAUGCAAGUAGAUAAAUAGGAACCGCUACAGUGGGAAGGUAAACGGCGUUUCCAUGUGCUGCUCUGGUUUGCCAGAAGCGGCUUUGUCAUGCUGGCCACAUGACCUGGAAGCUAUACGCCGGCUCCCUCGGCCAAUAAUGCGAGAUGAGCGCGCAACCCCAGAGUCGGUCACGACUGGACCUAAUGGUCAGGGGUCCCUUUACCUUUAAGUACAUAUAAAGAACUUAAGAAUCUGAAGAAGCUCCAGGACAAGGCAGCAAACAAUCUUAUCAUUGGAGGACCAAAUAGGAAUCCAACUGCAUCUGGAGAUCUGGCCUGGAUCCACCAGGACCCAAAUGUUGCUGUGUUUAUAAUUAAAAUGGCCCCCCUGCACAUGGAAAGUGCCAUACAUUUAAGUACCAUGUCAAUGUGAAUCUAGGGCAUGCUCUCUCUACAUGUAAAUACAAAAUCUUUUAAAAAUAUAAUUUUUGCAGUAUAUUAUUGUGACUCCACGCUGUUUCUCUAAAUGCUGGGUGUUAAUGAAAUUCCUCAUCCUUUAGCAAUUUUUGAAGCAUCACAUUAUUUUUUAAUGGCAUGGCAAGUAGCUUGAAAUGCAGAAAUGUCUACACUGUGGAAAUUGAGGGAAGAGGUGCUUGGAGGCAUCCUUUCCUGAGGAAGACCUUUCAGAGGGGCUGAUUUGUACAGCUCUUGAAGCAAAACCAGCUCUAGAUUCAUGCCCCACAUUUCAUUGUCAUUAGAACUGUAGCUCUUCCAUCGUUAGCAGCACCAGGCUGAGUUAGUGGGCCACACAGUUCAUUGCCUUUCUAUUUACAUCUCAGUCAUUUUGAUUCUACAUCUUCUUUUUAAUUUAAUUUAAUUAAUAAAAUAAACCAAAGAUAAGGAGCAUAAAUAAAUCCUGUAAUGGAAGGCUAAAAGCAGCAUAAGAUGUACAUGAUGCUUGAACUUACUGUUCUAAAACAUUACAAAAAAUGGCUAUUUCCCUAUGAACCUGUUAGGCUGGUUUGCAUGUAUCCCCCCCCUUUUUUUUAAUAAAUUAGCUCAGUCAUAUGAACCAAGUUUUUUCAGUCCACUCAGACAUAGUAGGAGUGGCCCUCCCCAUUUUUAGCUAUUAUGUUCUUAGCAGUAGUUAAAAGGUUAAACACUAUUUCUUCAUCACUUUCUGAAAUAACAUAUUUUAGAUAACCAAUCAGAAAUAUUUUAGGUUCUAAGGGUUUAUGAUAUCCUAACAUAUCAGAUAUAUUAUUAGCCUGAACAGAUUUUUGGAGUAUUUUUAUUUGAGAAUAAUUCAAAAAAUGUGUAUAUAGUCUGCUUUAUUACCAACAUUACCACAUUACCAACAUUUAUCUGAUCGUAACGUAAUUAUUUCUGAAUUUGUAUCAAGCCAUGUACCGUAUUUUUCUGUGCAUAAGACGCCCCAUUUUUGGGGACUCCAAAUUAAGAAAACACCUCUUAGCACUACCUGUGUAUAAAACGGUCCCAAUUUUAAACCUGUUUUU